AUGGCGCCCGCUGCCGUGGACCGACUGCUGGCUCUUUGCCUCAGCGGCGAUUUCUUCCUGGGCGGCGAUGUUCCCGAUGUGCCAGGCAUUGGCGCCCCCGCUGGCGAGGUGACGGCAGCGGCGGCAGGAGCGCACGAGGAGGCGGCAGCGGAGGUGACCAGCCCGGACGAGGGGGCGGCGUCGCAGGUGACCAGCCCGCCGCCGAGCGACGAUGAGGCACCGAGGGCGAUUCGAGAGGUGACGACGAGUGGCGAGGGGGAAGCUACCAGUCACGGCGCCGCGGCACAGGAGGGCCCCGCCCCAACCGCAGGUGACGCGAUGGAGGUGACAAGCCCCUCUGCGAGUGGCAGCCCACCCCUGCAGGUGCGGAGCGACAGUAGUGCGGCAGGCCAGCCGGGGCAGCGGCGGCGUCAGAGGCGACCAGCUGGGUCUCGCAAGCAGCGGCGCCAGGGCGCGGCCCCUGGCGACCGCCCGGCCGCGCCGGGCCGAGGUCGCCACCAAUUGCCCACAGUGCCAACGCAGGGGCUAUUGACUACUGGGGUGGACUACAUUUGCCAGCGCAGCUUCAAGUACUUCGUCGGCGUGGGCUCAGGGAGGGCGCGCCGCGUUCGCAUGGGCCAGGGCGACGGGCGCCUGCGGGAAUGCGGUGGCGGCCUCCGCGCCCGUGAGUCAGAGACCAAGGCGGGCCUUUGCAGACGGUUCUUCUGGCACAAGUACACCUUCGCCGCGGAGGGGCUCCCAGACCGCUGGGCGUGCGGCGUGCCCACCAGCAGACCGGCCCGCCCCGAUGCCGACUUGGGGCCCCUCCCGUCACAGGUCCACUUGGAGGAGGAGGACGACGACGACGCCGAGGAGCGCAGGAUCGCAGCUGCUGCUUUCAUGGCCGAUGCAUCGCUGGAGCCCACUGCUGCGGUGCUACUGGGGCCUGGCAGCUCUUGGGGGCCCACGCGCUACUUGGGGGUCAUGCGCCCAGCCCAGCUGUUCUUGGAAUUCGGCCUCUGGUGUGGGGAGCGGGGCGUGGACUGCCCCAGCUGGUGCACCUUCCUUCGCGCGCUCAAGGCGACGCCGUGCCUUCGGUUCCGGAAGCGCACCGGACAGCAUGCUUGUUGCGACUAUUGCCUCUACUGCAAGAGACGACUGCGUCGACGAGACCUCAACAUCCAGGAGCGUGCUACUGCGCUAGAGGAGUACUGCCACCACUUGCACGACGUGAUGGCAGAUCGUCUCGUGGACAGUAAUUUCACUGAGUUGUCCUUGAGCUGCUCCCGCGCCAUGCGCGAGCAGGGCCUGCGACUGUCCCAGGUGGCCCAGAACUUGAGCGUCCUGGUCCUCCGCGUCGACGGCGUGGACCAGGCGAAGUUCCGAGUCCCGCGGACGCACUCGCCCUCGCACGCCUUCGAGAAGCUACUGAGGCCAGCUUUGCACGUCACUGGUGCCUGGAGCCACGGUUUCGGUUUCCACCUUGCCGUGUCGGAUUGCGACAUGAAGAAAGACAGCAAUAACACAAUCGAAGUCAUUGCCAGGAUGCUGGAGAGCAUCUACGAUGCCCAGGGGGCCUUGCCCCUGAGCCUUUACACCGUCCUUGACAAUACGUGUCGGGAGAACAAGAACAACAUCGUUCUCAAGUUUUUUACCAAGCUGGUGCAGCUCGGCGUCUUCCGCAGCAUCACUGUCGCUUUCCCAGAGGUGGGUCACACGCAUGGCCCCCUGGACGGCGCGUUCGGGUGGCUGUGCGUGCGCUUGUCCCUCGCGGAGUUUGACGACGCCGAUGAAGUCGUGGAGCUACUGCAGGGCUUCCUGGCCAACUUGCAGGUGGACCCGGGGAGUAAGGAAGGGGCAAAGGCGUACAAACUUGACCAGGCUGCUGACUGGGUGACUUGGCUCUCGGGGCUGGAUUACCACCUCACGAACAUUACUAUGAACACGGGCCCGCACUCUUUCCAUUUGCGUCGUCGGAAGGAUCUCCCACACUCUUCUGCCGAGGGCGCCGUCGCAGGCUGGCCGGGGGCCCCCCCCGCGCGCGCCGACGACCUCAUCCUCACACUCAGCCGUCGCAUGAGCAGCCGCGCGGCAGAGCAACGCUUACUGCUAAUGCCAGCCCAGGCCGUCGCUACCGAGCAGCCCCGCGGCAUCCACGCCAGGAAGAUUAUUCCUGACGACAUGCGCAGGGACUUUGAGAAAAGAGCGCGUGUCGUCAUGCAGAGUGGGGGGAUAUCCCGGCGGGCUUACGAAUACAUCCUGCAUUGGGUCAGCGGCCAGCUCAGGCAACACCCGCGCUUGGACGAGUACACGUUCCUCAUCCAUAGGGCCUCUAGCGCAACGCCCGUGGCACUCAGCGGGCCAGUCUGCGAGCGCGGGCCAUCUCGGGCUUCGCAGCCCCGCCCACUGGCAGAGCCGCUCCGCCAGGUGGGCCGGGCCCCCCGGGGGCCCCGGGCCGCCGCCCUUGCAGCCGCGGAGGGGGACGAAGAUGUCAGCCCGUUGAUAGGCCAGUAGGUCGCCGCUCUGCUCCCAGGCGCAGUGCCAUCCAGCGCGGGGCCCUGGCCCGCACUUCUGAUCACCAGCCACUGGCGUUGCAGGCAACUCAAAAAGUAAGGUUUCGCCUUAAUUCUUGACCCAAGAAGUACGCCUUACA